AUGUCUUCUGAUAGUUUUCUUACUGAUUUACUUGCUACAAAAUUUACACUUGACAAGUUAGAAAAGCUUUAUAUCGAUGCUUUACAACGUAAAAAGACUCUGGAAGGUAUGAUAGAUCGCUUCGAUACACGUGGUGAGAAAGAACUUUCAACAAAUACAGAAUAUUAUUUAAACAAAUCAGAACUGCAGAUUCAAAUGGUCCAUACUAAUAUUCAAUAUAUAUGCAUGACUAAUAAAUAUGAUUUUAAUAGUAUUAUUGAUUUAUUAAAAUCACAAAUCGAUAAACAAGAUGUUGACCAUUCAAAUGAUUUAGAAAGCAUACAUUCACUUUCUUCAUAUAUUGUUGAUGUAUCUGAAGAUGGAUCAACGGAAGAACUUGAAGUUGAUCCUUUUGCUCGUGAUCAUCAACCAACAGCUGUUAAUUGUUCUCAACAACGUUCAUCAUCCUUUCGAGGUCGUCGAAGUUCAAUUAAAGGCGAAGAAGAAUAUUUAACACAAUAUGAAAAUCGAGAUCGUUGUCGACCAAACACUCGUUCACGUGAAAAUCAUUAUCGUCCAAACAAAGAACCACAUCAAUCUGAAUCAACGCUUUCAUCUUCAAGUGUUGCGCCAACAACAGUUGCAUCAAUAUUCGAAUCUGUAGUUGGAGAACCGAAUAUGGAAGUUCAACAAGAAAAUUCAAAAAUUGAGGAUACAUAUACAAUUGCUCUUCAACGUUUAAAUCGGUCAGAUAAAGAAAGUUCAAUAUCAUUAGCUUACUUUGAUAUAUUUGAUGGUCAUGGUGGAAAAGAAGCAGCUGAGGUUGCUCGACAAAAUUUAUGUCAACAUAUACUUGAACAAGAUGAUUUUUGGUCAGAAAUUUCAAAAUGA